AUGAGCGCCGCCGACAGAAGCGCAUAUGAGAUGUUAGGAUACAUUUUGCAAAAAAAGGCAGCCAAGAGCCAGGUUCGCAUGGAUCCAUUUAUCAAACCUAAAAAGGAAGCCAGUGAAAAGUUGUCCAUGCCAUCGUCAUCUCGGCGAAUGAAGCGGAAGAGCGAAGUGUUGGCAGUCAGCGCGCAGUACGAGCAAAUCAGAAAACCCAACACCCACGUGAUAAUCGUGCGCAUCGCUCACGAUUAUCACCGCCCCAAAGAACCUCUGCCCUGCACUUUCAGUUCUUGCAACUCCUACAGCCUCCCACUGGGCACAGAGAAAACUUAUGCUCCCAGCGCUUCAAACCUCGAUUGUCGCUCAGUGGCUAUAAAGAAUGGACAAUAUGCUCUACAGAGUCGCGUAUCCAAGAAGCGACAAAGUGCUGAGGCAAAUAUUGACAAGGGCCAGGGAAGGGAAUUGGCUUCGGCGUGGACGGAAGAACAGUGUGAAUAUCACUUAAAUGAUGAACAGCGGCAGUUUUUCACCAACUGGCUUCGACAGAAAUAUUUCGACAAAGGCAGGACUAAAAAGUGCAUUUCAUCAGCGAAACUCAUUCUUGAUGGAAUAACGACUUACGGCAACGCAAGUUAUACCUAUGCCAAUCUUAGAGAAGCUCCGAGCAGUCUAUUAGACAUAGUGAGAGAAUACGUGACCUGGGAUGAUGAUGGUACUCUCCACCCGAAAAAAACCAGACGCAGCACAUCCCCAACUUACAGCUGUCCCAGUGGCUCGGGUGCUCAUGAGUGCCACAAUGCUUCUUUCUCAAAGCAGGUGUGCAAUGGUCGACAACUAAGUCCCACCAGGGAGCUCUCAUUCGAAGAGCGAGAGGCUGCCCGAAUGCUUCAACAAUUUCAGCAACAGACGCAGCCAACAUCCGAUCCACCUAGCUCGCAGCAGUUGAGAGAAGUGAGCGUGCGAAAUACCACGAGAGAGUGUCCUCAAGGUACGUCAAGCGACAUGUAUAUCGCAUCGGAGCAGCGGGUUACAAUGCCAGAACAAAGUAGUCUUCUAUAUGAAGUCCCUAGGCUAAUUCAGUUAGCAGUCCCUCGCCCGAUCGUCGAUGACCACAUGGCACAAUGUACAGUGUCCGGACAGGAUUCAGUACCACGGAUGCAAGACAUCGCAACAACCCCCCAGCCAGAGGAUAUGACCGAGUUGGUUUCUAUGACAAACGCCGCGGACAUAUCGAACUUCGGUAACUCUUACACUUUUUUCCAACCACACGAUCCUAAGGGGGAGCAGCCGAUGACUUCCCAGAGUCAUUCCCAAGAUAUGGAGGGCCUUCAGGACUCUGGAGUACAGCAACUGAUGACUUCCCAUGUGCCAAUGAUUGAUACAACACGAUAUUCACAAAGCAUGGAGAGCCAAAUCAUUCAGGACUCUGGAGCUCAGCAGUUGAUGGCUUCCCAUGUGCCAAUGAUUGAUACAACACGAUAUGCGCAAAGCAUGGAGCAGCUAAUGGGUUCAAGAAUUUAUUCCGAUAAUAUACAACAUUCUAUUCCGCAGAAUACAUCAAUCCACUCUCAAUACAUUCAAGAAGCGGAUGGCUUCUACAAUCAAUUCAGCUCUUUCCACCAUCCUGUAUAG